GCAUCACGUCUGCGACGGACCUUGCCGCCGGCUCAAACAUGUCCUGGUGCAUUUCACGGAUCUGGUAGAGGCAGCGUUCUACCUGGAUCCUAAGGUGAUUAAAGGAGUCAAUCCCCGGAUCGUGCUCCUCGAGGAUCUUGUUCAGCCUGCCCUGCUCGGCAAGGAUAAAUCGCCUCUUCUGCUCGGCCCGCUGGCGAUGGUGAAACUGCGCCUGGUCAAUGAGCUGCUUUCGCUCAGCCUCUUUCUCCUUGACGAGAUUUCGCUAGCACUGUGCCUCCUCCUUCGCAUGGUCGAGUUCAUGGCUGCAACGCUCGAAGUCCUGGUCGACUUCGCUGGCAAUGUCGCGGUUGUAGUCCUCCAGCUCCUCCAUGUACUCUGUGGCGGCCUUAUUCGAGGCGGGCUCGAGUUCUGUGUCCAUCGUCUCCUCCGGUGCUGCUGCAAUCUCUUGUGGUUGCUUUGUGAAGGGAUAGAACUGGUUCGAAGAGCUGGAUCGGUAAAUGGUAGUGUUAGUGGGUGGAUGGUUCUACGCACCGAUAUCAGUUCAGGGUUGUAAAUACAGUGGAGAGCUGCAAUUCUCUUGCCUCCUCGACAGUCGCUUCCAU